CAACGGAAAAUAUAGAGUCCCGAUCUUGCAAACUAGAAAAAUGCAACCGGCGGAGCCCAUCCUGCGUCCGUCAGCCAAGCACGAGGCUGAGGUCGAGCCGCCCACUCAGCCACACCUGCAAUGAUGCGCUUCUCGAGCCUACCUUUCUACGGCGCCCGCACGCUGCGAAGACUACAAACUGCGCGCUCCUCUAUACUCGAAACGAGGCGAUACCUGCUAGACCCGCGGCACGCUCAUGGCAGCCGUCCACUGCCAUGGCUUCACAAGGCUGCCAGGCGGAGACACGAGCGCUGACCAGCUCAACCUGAAGUUAGACAGACGACGUUCCCCCGCAUCUGGCGUCGACGACUCCGUGCGCCAGAAAUUUCCCGGCGCAGACGUGAUCUACGCCUCGGGCGCCUCGGGCGCGGGAGACAACCGCGAGAUUCCGCUGAGUGAGGGCAGGGAUCUGGAUCCCAGGAUGGGACGGCCCUACAAAGCGCGCGACUUCGAGGGUGUCGGCGGCCCCGAGGACAAGGACCGCAUUUACGACGAGAACAACCCGGGUAAUGACGACGUGCGGGGGAAUGUGCGGCAGGGCGGGGAUACUGUGAGGCCGGCGGGGAGUAUGGCGGGGAAAUUGAAGAAGUAAAGGAGGGUUGGGGAGAGGAGAGGAGAGGCGAGUGUGGUGGGUAGGCAGGGUAUGCAUGGUAUCAUAACGGGCUCGAUCUGGUGUGUGAAGAGUCCCAAAAGAGACAUUGAUUGAAUGAAAUGGUUGCGAGGAGGCAAUUUUGAGUCGCCCCAUUUUGAAAGAGAAAUGAGCUGAACUCCAUGCGCGAGUGAGCACUAAUUCCGACAAUAAAGCAGGACAGGCAACAGUGAACCUGUUAUCUAG